AUGAAGUUGAAUACCAAACUAUUGCAGCAAGCUUCAAAAAGUGUUGAUAAAUAUGCUUUGUAUGUUCCAAAGAAUGGUGUGUUUCCUAGAGGAUUCCAGGUAGGCUCUACUGCUUCUGGUGUCAAGAAAAAUGGUAAUUUAGAUUUAGGUAUCAUUAGAAAUACUAAUACUUCACGUCCAGCAGCAGCAGCAGCAGUUUUCACAACUAAUAAAUUCAAAGCUGCUCCUGUUGUAGUUUCAAAACAAAUACUGGAGGAUAAAAAUGGUACUGGAAUUAAUGCAAUUGUUAUUAAUUCUGGCUGUGCCAAUUCUGUUACCGGUGAAGUUGGUAUUGAAGAUGCUAAAAAACUUAUAAGUCAUGUAGAUUCUAAAUUGGGUACUUCAAUGUCAACGUUACCAAUGUCUACUGGUGUAAUUGGUCAAAGAUUACACGUGAAUAAAAUUUCUAAAGGUAUUGAUGAAAUAUUCGAUAACAAUAAAUUUGGAUCAGAUUUCCAAUCUUGGUUGGAUAUGGCAAAAUCAAUUUGUACCACUGAUACAUUCCCAAAAUUAGUCACCUCUCGUUUCUCUUUACCAAAUGGUGAAAAAUACACCUUAACCGGUAUUGCUAAAGGUGCUGGUAUGAUUUGUCCAAAUAUGGCUACUUUGUUAGGUUUUAUAGUUACAGACCUACCAAUAAAAUCAUCUGCUCUAAAGAGUAUUUUAACACAUGCAACUAAUCGUUCUUUCAACUGUAUCAGUGUUGAUGGUGAUAUGAGUACUAAUGAUACCAUUUGUAUGAUUGCUAAUGGUGCUGUCGAGACCAAAGAAAUUGAUGAAACUUCUCAAGAAUAUGUUCAAGUGCAAAACCAGGUUACAGAAUUUGCCCAGCAAUUAGCACAAUUAGUGGUCAGAGAUGGUGAAGGUUCAACUAAGUUUGUUACUGUUAAAGUUCAAAAUUCUUUGACUUUCGAAGAUGCUAAAAUUAUUGCCGAAUCUAUUUCUAACUCAUUACUGGUUAAGACAGCAUUAUAUGGUCAAGACGCUAACUGGGGUAGAAUUUUAUGUGCUAUAGGUUACGCAAAAUUAGACAACUUGAAGUCUUUAAAUGUUGACAAAAUAAAUGUCAGUUUUAUCGCUACCGAUGGUUCAGAGCCAAAGGAAUUGAAAUUAGUUGUUAACGGUGUGCCACAGCUUGAAAUCGAUGAAGCUAGGGCUUCAGAAAUAUUAAAUUUGAAUGAUCUAGAAAUCUCUGUUGAUUUAGGCACCGGUACUGAGGAAGCCCAAUUCUGGACUUGUGAUAUCUCACAUGAGUAUGUAACAAUCAAUGGUGAUUACCGUACUUAA